ACCUCAGGGUGCGCCCUGAGCGGCUGACAAGCAGAGCUGCGCAAUGAUCGAGGCUGAGCGCAUAGGUGGGAUCUGGGACAAUGGGUGUGUAGCGACGGAGGAGAUAAAACAACCAAAGAAGAAUCUCUCCUAUACUUUCUAAUUCUAUUUGUAAUAAAUAAGAUGUCUAAGCGAGUCAGACCGGGCUAUUACCGCCAAGAAGUCAACAAAACCACAUGGGAAGUACCGGAGCGGUACCGGGAGCUGAGGCAGGUGGGGACCGGAGCGUACGGGACGGUGUGCUCAGCAGUGGACUCCAGAGCAGGAACCAAAGUGGCCAUCAAGAAGCUGUACAGACCUUUUCAGUCGGAGCUCUUCGCCAAGCGGGCCUACAGGGAGCUGAGGCUUCUCAAACACAUGAAACAUGAAAAUGUGAUCGGCCUAUUCGAUGUGUUUACCGCUGACCUCUCUCUGGACAGAUUCCAUGACUUUUAUCUGGUCAUGCCGUUCAUGGGGACAGAUCUGGGGAAGCUGAUGAAGCUGCAGAGGCUGUCAGAGGAGAAAAUUCAGUAUUUGGUUUAUCAGAUGCUCAAAGGGCUUAAGUAUAUUCAUUCUGCUGGUAUUAUUCACAGGGACCUUAAACCAGGAAAUCUUGCCAUCAACCAGGAUUGUGAGCUCAAGAUCUUGGACUUUGGUUUGGCACGGCAGGCAGACAGCGAGAUGACGGGCUAUGUGGUGACUCGCUGGUACAGAGCCCCAGAGGUCAUCCUGAGCUGGAUGCACUACACUCAGACGGUGGACAUUUGGUCUGUGGGCUGCAUCAUGGCAGAGAUGCUGCAAGGAAAACCUCUUUUUAAAGGCAGCGACCACCUAGAUCAGCUGACUGAGAUCAUGAAACUCACAGGAACACCAUCUCAGGAAUUUAUAUCAAAACUAGAAUCUGAGGAUGCCAAAAGCUACAUCAAAAGCCUCCCAAAAGUGGAAAAGAAAGACCUUCAGAAGGUGUUUCCCACAACUAAUCCACAAGCCGUGUCUGUGCUGGAGCACAUGUUAUUGCUGGAUCCGGAGAGCAGGGUAACUGCUGCAGAGGCUCUCGAGAUGCCUUACUUCACCGAGUUCAGAGAACCAGGGGAGGAGACGGAAGCACAGCUGUACGACCACUCGUUAGACAACACAGACCAGCCCCUGGACCAAUGGAAACGUCACACGUUCACAGAGAUCUUGACCUUCAAACCAGUUCUGCCAGAUUCUAAGGAAACUGCAUUGUAAGACACAAAGAUCUGGCUGAGCAGUGUUGGACCAGAACAAACUCACCUGUCUUUUUAUCUUGAUCUCGAUGGGGAUUAAUGAAUGCCUCUGAAUCCAGUUCACAAUUCUCUUAUAAAUACAAGCCGCCAUGUUUUGGAUUUAUCUUUCAACAUCAUGUUGGUCCACCAGCUUGUGUCCUGACUUCAGUAUCUGACCUUUCCAGUGUGUCCUAAUAUGCUGAGGAUGCUGUAAAAUAUUCUCUGAUAACUAACGUGAGUUAUCAAGAAUUAUAUAUUUUUUUUAUUACUCUGAAUUUCAGUUUCACGUCAGUGGUACAUAUAUGUUGUAAGAGUGGGUUUUUUUGUUUGUGUGUUUUUUAACCAAAUACAUCACUACCUGCAUUUUGGGUUAGAUUUCAAGUCAAGGAAGUUCACAAUAAUUUCUGAAAUUCUUGACAGAUCCUGGUAAAAUAAAACAGUACAAUGCGUCAUGCUGCAAAUGAAACAAAAAGUAAACUAAUCACAAAUACUUCAUGGACAGUCAUUCAUUGAUUUUCAUUUCUAAAUUAUUUUUCUUACAAUAUGUUGUUUUGUGAUGUAGCAUCCCCUCCAGUGACUACGUGCCCUUAAAGGACAUUUGAUUGGAAUUUGAUGGGACGUCCUUGUGUGCGUGUGAAUGUGUCUGUGUGUAGUCUACGUGUCCUCUCUGACCUCGGUAUUCCUCCCAGUGGCCUUAAGAUAGCGACAAAACAAAAACACUGCUGAGAUGCUGAUCUUACAAAAUCCAUCCCAGCAGGUUGUGCACAAUCAUUCCCGUUUUGAUUUUUAUACCAAAAGCCAGACUUGCAUCUGAUUACGUUGUUUUUUGAAACACUGAAAGUAGCACAAAACACGUUAUGUAUUAAUUUGUGAAUUAAUGUUUCUAAUGCCACUCAUGCAUUUUUAUCAUUAAAGAUUCUCUUU